AUGUCUUCCAACAAUGAAACCGUCGAGGUCAACAAAGAAGAGCUCCGUCGGGCUGGCGACUUGAUUGUCAUGCGCCUCAUGGAGGUCCAGAGCUACCUCGCCGACCUCGGCAAGGCCUAUGUUCAGCAUGUCAAGAGCAUCACCGACGGUGAGGGCGCCCACAUCGAGCUCCCCCUCGGUCCCACCUUCACCGGCGGAGACUUCCCCGGACGCGCCAGCAGCCCCGGUGCCAAGUCCGAAGCUGGCGGUCCCAAGAAGCGCAAGCGCGCCCCCGCCGACCCCAAUGCGCCCAAGCGCGCCUUGACUCCCUACUUCCUGUUCAUGCAGACCAACCGUGGCCAGAUUGCCGAGGAUCUUGGUGACAAUGCGCGCCCCAAGGACGUUGCCGACGAGGGUACCCGCCGCUGGCAAAACAUGGACGAGAAGGACCGCGGGGUCUGGAAGCAAAUCUACGCCGAGAACUAUGAAAAGUACAAGAAGGAUAUGGCCGCAUACAAGGCCACUAAGGCCGAAGAGGAGCAUGACCCCGCUGCGACUCAGCUGCAACAGGACUUUGCCGGCGCCGAGCCGGAGCACGAGCUCGAGCAAGCUGAAGCCGAGCCUGAGAAUGCCCAGUCUGACGAGGACACCGAGUCCUCCGAGUCCGAGUCUGAGUCCCCUUCUCCUCCCAAGGCCAAGACCCCCACUCCUCCCCGCAGCACCGUUAAGCGUCCUCGUAUCAGCAAGGCCAAGGAGGUUGAAACCCCUGCCAAGUCGCCUGUGAAGAGAGGUCGCAAGGCCGCUGUCGCUGAGCCCGUCUCUGCUAGCAAGGACAAGACUCCUGCUGAUACCAAGCGCAAGGCACGUGGAGUGCGGCUCAACCAUGCUGAAGCUGUGGCCUUGAUCUCCUCUGUCCUGCACGAGCUAAUCCGUGAUGGCCACUACUCCGUCGCCGAUCUCAUGUCCAUCGGCAAAACGAUGCUCGGUCGUCGUCACGUCCUCCCCUCGGUCGUCGGAACACUAGUCGAGCUACAAGUCGAGGGAACCUUCACUUCGGGUACUUAUCUCGUGACCGUACACCACCCCAUCAGUAGCAAUGAAGGCGAUCUGGAAAGAGCGCUGUACGGCAGCUUCCUACCUGUGCCUGCGCCAGAGGCUUUCGCCGACCCUGACCCCGAGGACUUCCACCCGGAGAAGAUGCCCGGCGCGGUCAUUCCGGCCAAACACGCACGCGUCGAAUUGAGCAGCGGACGGAGGCGCAUCAGGUUGAAGGUUAUGAGUAAGGGUGAUCGGCCAAUUCAGGUUGGAUCGCAUUAUCAUUUCAUCGAGACGAACCCGCAGCUGCACUUCGACCGUCAUCAGUCCUAUGGAUUCCGGUUGGAUAUCCCGGCUGGUACAUCCAUUCGCUUCGAGCCGGGCGAUACCAAGACGGUGACGCUGGUCGAGAUUGGUGGAAAUCGUGUCAUCCGCGGUGGAAACUGGUUGGCAAAUGGACCGGUUGAUCUGAGUCGCGCCGAGGAGAUUGUGACCAAGUUGCAGGCUGCUGGGUUUGCACAUGUACCUGAGCCCCAGGCGGACAGUGCGCUUAUUUCUGGGUUCUCCAUGGAGCGCGAGGCGUACACGCGCAUGUUUGGUCCUACGACCGGUGAUUUGGUUCGAUUGGGCUUGACUGAUCUUUGGAUUCGGGUCGAGAAUGAUUUGACGAAUUAUGGUGAUGAAUGUGCCUUCGGUGGUGGUAAGACGUUGCGUGAGGGUAUGGGUCAGGCCUCUGGUCGCGGCCAUGCGGAGUGCGUGGACACAGUCAUUACGAAUGCGUUGAUUAUAGAUUGGACUGGUAUCUACAAGGCCGAUAUCGGUAUCAAGGAUGGACUCAUUGCUGGUAUUGGAAAGGCUGGAAACCCGGAUGUCAUGGAUGGGGUGCAUCCUGAUUUGGUUGUUGGCUCCUCGACCGAUGUCAUUGCUGGAGAGAACAAGAUUGUCACCGCCGGUGGUAUUGACACGCAUAUCCAUUUGAUCUGUCCUCAGCAAGUGGACGAGGCUUUGGCCUCUGGUAUUACGACCUUCCUUGGUGGUGGAACCGGUCCUAGCACUGGAUCAAAUGCGACAACCUGCACGCCUGGACCCAAUCACCUGCGCCAGAUGAUGCAAGCAUGCGACAGUCUACCUAUCAAUAUCGGAAUCACAGGCAAGGGCAACGACUGCGGCCGAAAGAGCAUCGAAGAACAAAUCCUAGCUGGCGCAGCCGGUCUCAAGCUGCACGAGGACUGGGGUUCAACCCCAGCAGCAAUCGACAAGUGCCUGGAACUCUGCGAUGAGUACGACGUGCAGUGCAUGAUCCAUACCGACACACUCAACGAAUCCGGCUUCGUCGAACAAACGAUCGAAGCCUUCAAGGGCCGCACAAUCCACACCUACCACACCGAAGGCGCAGGAGGCGGCCACGCACCCGAUAUCAUCUCCGUCGUCGAACACCCCAACGUCCUACCAAGUAGCACAAACCCAACCCGUCCCUUCACUCUCAACACCCUGGAUGAGCACCUGGAUAUGCUAAUGGUCUGCCACCACCUAUCAAAGAACAUCCCUGAGGACGUCGCCUUCGCAGAAAGCCGCAUUCGCGCAGAAACAAUUGCCGCCGAAGACGUCCUCCACGACCUUGGCGCAAUCAGCAUGAUGUCCUCCGACUCACAGGCCAUGGGCCGUUGCGGCGAGGUCAUCCUGCGCACGUGGCACACGGCGCAUAAAAACAAGACCCAACGUGGACCGCUGGGAUCGGAUGCCGAUUCUGGCGCUGACAACUUCCGCGUCAAGCGCUAUAUCAGCAAGUAUACCAUCAACCCGGCCUUGGCACAGGGUAUGGCGCAUGCCAUUGGUAGUGUUGAAGUCGGAAAGGUGGCCGACUUGGUCAUGUGGAAGGCUAGCAGCUUCGGUACGAAGCCGGUGUCUGUGAUCAAGAGUGGAAUGAUUGUGGUUGCGGAGAUGGGCGAUCCGAAUGCUUCGAUCCCGACCAUCGAGCCGAUGAUUAUGCGGCCGAUGUUUGGUGCGCGCGUCCCGCAACUGUCCAUUAUGUUUGUCUCGCAGGCUUCCAUCGAUGCUGGAAUCGUCCAGUCAUAUGGACUGAAGAAACAAAUUAUGCCCGUUAAGAACUGUCGCACUGUCGGGAAGAAGGAUAUGAAAUUCAAUGAUACCAUGCCGAAGAUGAAGGUUGAUCCGGAGAGUUAUACCGUCGAAGCAGACGGCAUGCUCUGUGAUGCCGAACCAGCCACCGAACUGCCCCUAACACAGGCAUACUAUGUCUUCUAG